UUUUAGGAUUCAUUAAAAAAAAAGCAUUUACGUGCUGAAAAAAGCUUUAAAAAGACAAUUUUCUCACAUCCUAUCGCUUAUUCUAAUAACAAAAUGGCUCUUAAAAGAAUUAAUAAAGAAUUGUAUGAUUUAGGUAUUGACCCACCGUCAACUUUUAGUGCUGGUCCUAUCGAUGAUGAUCUUUUCCAUUGGCAAGCGUCAAUUAUAGGUCCUAGUUAUACUUCAUAUUCCGGAGGUAUAUUUCAUCUUGAUAUUCGUUUUCCUAGUGAUUAUCCAUUCAGACCACCAACGGUGAAGUUUACAACAAGAAUCUAUCAUCCGAAUAUUACUGAUAAUGGAAGUAUAGACGUGGAUUUCUUAAGGGACCUAUGGUCACCAGCAAUUACCAUCACUAAGGGUAAUAAUAAUUUAUUAUGAGUAUAUUUUUUUUUUUUUAAAAAAAAAAAAAAUACUAAUCAAAUAUACAAAUGUAUUUUUCUGUAAUAAUAAUGAUUUCGAUCCUCCCUUAGGAUAGCAUAAAUUAUAUAUGUUUAUGGUUAGUUGGGGAAAUAUUAUGAUGAUAAUUUUACACAUUUUGAAACUUAAAAAAUUUUAUGGACAGAA